AUGUGGAAGAGAAUUGACCAUCAGCUCAAGAUCAAGGCUGGGGAUGGGCCGCAGGCAGGCCAGUUCAAGGAACUGGGUCCUGGUCGGGAACCUGCCGUGCCACACCCUCUCUCACUGUCGGAAUUCCAGACCGUCCCAGUGUUUGAGGACAUCAGCCAGCACGUCAAAGAAGUGGGGGACCAGCUGGUGAAGAAAGUCAAUGCCAUCUUCCAGCUGGACAUCACCAAAGAUGGGAAGACUGUCCACCAGUGGACCAUUGAUCUGAAGAACGGCUCUGGGGACACGUAUCUAGGACCUGCCAGGCUCCCAGCAGACACCAUCUUCACCAUCCCCGAGCCUGUCUUCAUGGAGUUGAUUUUGGGCAAAAUGAACCCUCAGAAGGCUUUCCUUGCCGGCAAGCUCAAAGUGAGUGGCAAAGUUCUACUUGGCCAGAAGCUGGAGAGAGUUUUCAAGGACUGGGCUAAGUGGUAA